AUGCAACUUUUCAUAUACAUUUCCCUACUGUUCACCAUAUGCUACGGAGCGGAAUUCCAUGUCAAAAACAAUUGUCCCUUUACAGUAUGGGCUAGGACCCUGGGGAAUCAGGGCCACUAUAACCCCGAAGGUGGUCAUUUCCUACUAACUACCGGUGCCUCCCAUAACUUCAACAUUAACCAGGGCUGGGCCGGGCGUAUAUGGGCCGACACCCUAUGCCAACCGGACGGUUCGCAAUGCAAAACGGGUGGUUGGGGUACGGCUACCACACUGGGCGAGUGGAACCUUGCUGCAAAAACCGGUGACAUGGAC